AUGGAUCCUGCCAGCUUAUCGCGACAGCCGAAGCGUGCCAUUCCUGUCGGCCUACUCGAGGCUGCGCUCGACUCUCCGACAUUUCGGUCGACCGCCCUGCACUUUGGUGACCAGAUCGAGGCCAUCGAGAAAUGGCUUAGCAACUAUGUGAAUUCGACAUCGAAACUCCUCCACGACUUUCUGGCCCUUGAGGAUACCAUCAACUCAUAUCUCGCCAAGACGACAGCCCCGGUCGGCGACACCCUGCUCGACAAUGACUAUACUUUGCUGGCGCUCAAAAGGGUUGGAGAGGGGUCGCGCGAAUGGCUUACGCAGAUGCAAAGUGGCAUGAAGCGCAUGGAGUCCACUGUUGUCGAACCUAUCCGGGCCUUUAUGAAUGGCGAUCUGCGCAACUUCAAAGAUACGCGGCGAGCUCUCGAGGCAGCGCAACGAACCUACGACUCGACCCUAGCGCGGUAUGUCGGGCAGCACAAGACGAAAGAACCAUCAGCUUUGAGAGAGGAUGCAUUUUCUGUAUUUGAGAGUCGGAAAAUCUAUCUGCAGGCAUCGAUUGAAUUUUGCCAGGUCGUCCCCCAGCUUCGAUCGGCCAUCGAUAGACUCCUCGUUACCGUGUGCAGCGAUAUUUGGAAGGAGAUUAAAGGCUCGCGCGAUGCAACUGCCAAUGCCAUGCGCUGGAGCCGUGAGAUGGAGCGUAUCAGCGGCUGGUCCAAGGAGAUGGAGGCGGCAGAUGCUGUCUUCCGCCGUGAGCUCCAGGCAGCUAAGAAGAACAUAUACGACUUGGCCAUUGAGACCAUCAAGCCUUCCCGAGAACUCGAAGAUUAUAAUGUGUCCACAAUCCCAUUCUUGAGCUCACGCGGCCCCGUCAAUCUACAGCCGAAGAAUGACUCUGCCGUCACUUCGGUCAAGCAAGGUUGGCUUUUCUUGCGUGUGCUGUCCAACAAACCCACCAGAUAUACCUGGAUUCGAAGGUGGCAUUAUUGCAGAGAUGGAGUCUUCGGUUGGCUGAUCCCAGGUACACAGGGUGUUCUUCAGGGUGACGAGAUUGGAGUUUUGCUCUGCAAUGCCAGACCAGCUGUCGGCGAGGAGAGGCGAUUCUGCUUCGAGAUCAAGACCAAGGAUCAGUCUCUGGUUCUUCAGGCAGAAAACCAGAAAGAACUGACAGAGUGGCUUGAAGUGUUUCAAGUAGCAAAGAAGGAGGCUUUCGACACGAGCCGUGGAAGAAGCGCGAGCUCCAUGUCUCGCCACGACCCUGCAUUCUCUAUCAAUCCUCCAAGCGCACCCGAAUUCUCUGCGAACAAUGCUGAUACGCAAGUCAACCUUUGUGACGACCUUGCAGUGGGGCUUGAGCGAGCCGCAACUAUGCUCAUGCCAUCUGAGGCUCAAACCAUGUCCCGCCAGAGUGUUGACGUGAAUCCCGCCGGCACUGUGCCGCGCAGGUCUUUCACAGCUCUUGGCAAGGAACUUAGCAAGGACUUGGUUACUCGUGAAGAUGGCGAGUCUGGCAGAGAGCAUGCUGCGCGCAUCAUCCAAAAAUUGGAUCUUCAUCGAAAAUCAACCUUUGGCAGUAAUGAGGGUCUCGCGGCCAGCUCCAACUUACCAGCUUCCGGCAAUGGUAUUGCCAGCUUGAUAUCGGCGAGCCAUAAUAUGUUACCAGGUUACCCCCAUCCGCUGCUCUCUCCAAGUGUUGCGAAGAGAGGCAGUCCUCUCCCAAAGAUUGACAGCCGAUUAGGCUCCCUAGCACCGUCCACGUUGGAGAAGCCGCCGGUGAUCACUACCCUGAGCCGAGCAGCGGCUGCUCAUGCAGCUGAUAAAGCUGCGCUAGGAGGAUCGCGAAAGAAUAUAUCUGCUUCCAUUGUUGCCAAUUUCUGGGGUACAAAUAUUUGGGCUGCGUCGGAUAAUCCCAGCCAACCUAUACUGCCCAGAAGAGAAGCUGACGACCCUAUUGGUGUGGUGCUCCCCGAAGGCAUGCAGACCACACUCAGCACGCCCUCGAAAGAGAAAGCACCGAGUGAUUUGUUCCUGACCAACUACCCAACAGAGCUUCGACUACAGACUGCGCAGUUCAAGCUGCUCUUCCCCGAUGUGCAGGGGGACGAAAAGCUCGUGCUCGUUUUUCGAGCGUCUUGGUCGUUCAAGCCGGUCAAAAACUCGUCUCAAGACUCCUUUGCAGGCGACGGCAGAGUAUACGUCACGCCAGACUACAUGUAUUUCUAUAGUCAGCGCAUGGGGCUCAUUACGACCUUUUCGAUCAGCCUGGAUAUCAUUACGGAGGUAACUGCUUACUCUGGCCGAGACUCGGACUCUAUCACAUUGCGCUUAGGCGAAGAUCUGGGCGAGGCUGUCUGGGAAGAAGUUAAUCUGAAGGUGUACUUGGAUGACCUUCACCUACUGCACAGUCGCCUCAAUCUCAUAGUCGACAACCUCCAGGCUGAAGAUCCCGCCAAUACUGAGAACUUGAUCUUUGCUCUAAUUAACCUUGAAAGGGCAGAGGAAAGACCCAGUCCAAGUAUCGACGGAUGGGAUGACUCUUCGGUAUAUACCCCCAUAGAGGCUGGCAGUUCCAGCAGAAGUCUUGGACGUUCGCCUAUUGAGUCCAACUCGCGCCUGCGACACUCGCAGUCUCGUCAUAAACUACUUCCGAAGAUGCAUCUGCCAAGUCACCCUAUCGAGUACGAGCCAGAGAACAUGACUGCAAUGGCUGCUGAACGCCAUUUCGAAAUCAGUGCUAAAGCUUGCUUUCAUGUUUUAUUUGGUGACAGGAGUUUCGUGUUUCCGAAAUUAUACUUUGAACAUCGUGCUCAGCAAAUUGCCCAAGGACCAUGGGUUUUGGUAGACCAAGGCCGGAUGCGCCGCGAGUUUCAGUUCAAAGUCAACUACACGGAUAUGCUCGGGCGCGAUAGAAGUGCUGAUGUGAAGGAUGAGCAAACCAUUGAUCUCUUCAGUGACCAUGUCACGUACGUGGUUACGCACACCAAAACCGCGUGGCACCUGCCUCACUCUGGCUCGUUCAAGCUCAUCUCCAAGAUUGUCAUUACACACGUGGCAAAAUCCAAAUGCAAACUCGCCAUCUGGGUCAAGAUUGACUGGUCGAGAACACCUGCAUUGUCAAAGAAUUUGGUAGAGCGGCAAGCUUUACGCGACAUCAAGAGACAAGCAGAGGAGCUCGCAGAACUUGCGACGGACCAGGUGCGUAAGCUGGGAUCGCGCUCCAGGACAAACAAGGCUAUCCAUGUUUAUGGCCAAGUCGGCAAUCAAACGCAGGUUGUUGUCUUCUCACCGGGCUCUACAGACUCUACAAAGAAGCAGGCAGUCACACCUCGCACUCUCACGUCAAUGGUUUUUGAUACUGUGCGGUCUUUUGCAGAGAGUUGCAUCACGUCUGUCAUAAUGUGGACCUUUGCUGUCAUAAAGCGACUUUUUGAUAUCGUUACAGCGCAUCGCCUCAUAAUUGCCCUACUUUUGCUCAGCGGCCUUUUAAAUGUACUGCUGGCAUCCUCGGGUACUUCGUCAUGGUGGCAAGAACGCAGCGCAGCGCGAUUUAUGCGCCGUAUUGGCGUGACGCCACAUCCCAUUAUGAGCAAAGCAAUCUACUUUUCUGACCUUGCCGAGGCUACCGGCGCUGGAGGUUCUCCGCCAACCCUCGGAAGCGAGAACAGCACCUGCUACGACACGUUUGCCGACUUGAUGCAGGCGGCCGACUUGGAUGCACCAUGGGAGGAGUCUGGCAGCGGAUUGGCGCCGUCGAGCCGCUCUACCGCGCGUCGAGUUCGCCGCACGCGGCAGCGUCUGGGCACAUAUCGCCACGAUUUGCUUGUGGCUAUACGAGUGGUCAACAGCAUUGAGCGCGAGAUGAUGCAGUCAGAGUGGGAGAAUUGGCUGAUCAAUGAAAACUCGCUCUGCGACGAGCUGGGCCACAUGCUCGGCAUUAAGGAGGAACAGGGCGAGUACAAGGCAAUCUUUGGCAAGUCGCCCGAGAGACAAAAGGCGCUGAAGCCGAUCCCAGACCAGCACAUAAAGGAGCUGAAGCAGUGGCAAGAGUCGCACUGCAGCAGUUGUCGAGCAGAUUACAAGAUUGUGCUGAAGAGUAGGGCUGGCCAGUUUGAGGAUCAAAAGCGGUAA